CUCACCAACUCAGCAACGAGACCGACCGAUCCAUCGGCGGCAGCGCGUACGUCCGUCGUCGUCGUCGUCUCCGUCUCCGGCCGGUUGCAAGGGGGAGGCGGCGAUCGAAGGGAUCCGAUCAAGUAGAUAGCUAGGUAGCUAGCGAGCGAGCUAGCAAGCCAGCCAUGGGGAAGCACGGCAAGUGCGACGUGGAGGCGUGCUACCCGGCGGCGGCGGGCGAAGGGAUGUACAUGAUCGAGAGCCCGCGGCUCCGGUGGGCGUUCAUCCGCAAGGUCUACGUGAUCGUGGCGGUGCAGCUGCUGCUAACCGUCGCGGUGGCCGCGACGAUCAACCUCGUCGAGCCCAUCAAGACCUUCUUCCAGGGUCGCACGCCGGCGGUCAUCGCCGCCUACGUCGCCAUCAUCCUCUCCCCGCUCAUCAUAAUGCUGCCGAUGAUCUACUUCCGGAACAAGCAUCCGAUCAACCUCUUCUUCCUCCUCCUCUUCACCGUCUGCACCAGCGCCUCCGUCGGGCUGGGUUGCCUCUCCAAGAACGGGACGGUGAUACUACAGGCGGCGGGCAUAACGUUCGUGGUGGUGGUGGGGCUGACCUGCUACACGUUCUGGGCGGCCAAGAAAGGCUACGACUUCGAGUUCCUAGGCCCAUUCCUGGUCGCGGCCUCGCUCGUCCUCUUCCUCUACGCCAUGAUCAGCAUCUUCUUACCGAUGGGGAGGACGGGGAAGCUGAUGUACGGGUGCGUGGGGGCGCUGGUGUUCUCCGGGUUCAUCAUCUACGACACCGACAACCUCAUCAAGCGAUACACCUACGACGAGUACAUCGCCGCCGCCAUCACGCUCUACCUCGACAUCAUAAACCUCUUCAUGGCCCUCGUCACCUUGCUCCAGGCCGCCGAUGGCUAAGUAGCCUAGGCAGUAGCAGCGGUACAAACAAAUUGCCAACCAAACUAGGGGGCACUGGCCUGCCUGCUGCUGGAUACUUGUGUGUAUCUUUUCCUUCUAUUCUUUAACAAGACAGUCUAUGUAAAGAUGGGGUUAAGAAAAUUAAAUCCUCUGUGAUUGGGCAUUAGCAAGCAAAGCAUUGCAAAUCAAUACUGUUGUUUACAUCCAUCAU